AUGGCGCCCGCCCUGUCGGCUUCCUCCUUUUCUCUGCCACUGCCCUCCUGGCUGCAGCCGACGAGCACUCGUGUUGCGCAAUAUGAUCGCCGAAAACGCAAGAAGAGUGACGAAUGGACCGACGAGGAGGGUGAUGGUGCUGGAUAUACAACGGAUGCCACGUCAGCUGGAGAGUCUGGCCCUGCUGGACCCUCGCUGAUUCUGACGCCAAAUGAAUCUCAUCAAUACCGGAUUGCUGGUCUGUCUUUUGACCAGGAACUGCCUGGAGGCAAUUUCCCACACGGGCCAGCAAAGAGCGACCAGCCCAGAAAGGAAGCGAAACUACUGAGCCACCAUCUCCGCGAUCUGUCCUCAUUAUCCACCCCCGUAUACCCUCCUCAGUCUGCGGCACACCAAGGCACUAUUCGCCUCCAGCAUCUCUCGGUAUUAACCGCCAUUCUGCACAAGUGUCUCCUCCAAGGAGAUUACAUUCGAGCCGGAAGAGCGUGGGGGCUUAUUUUACGAGAAGAAUUCCGUGGCUUCUCGGUGGACGUACGCAGUGAAGGAAGAUGGGGGAUUGGGGCUGAGAUUCUACUACGUCGCGGUCAACAAGAGGCGUCGCAGCAAGCUUCUCGCUUCUCGUCCGAUCCAUCCAUCCAUCAGGAACGGACAGCCUUGCCAUUCACUAAGAAGGGAUUUGAAGAGGCUAAGGAAUACUACGAAAGGCUAAUUCUGAACCACCCCUAUUCAAAAAGUGCCCCGCAUGCGAUAUCUGCGUUGAGCUUUUAUCCUGCGAUGUUUGGACUAUGGAUCUACGUCACCCAGGAGGAGAGUCAGGCGGCUAGGAGCAACAUCACCAUCGACAGUGAGGAUUCCUCUGAUGAGCUUUCCGGCGACGAGGGCUCUUCAGCCGAUUUUGAUCGCCGGGGGUCAAAUAAAAAACAGACUCUCGUUGCUGGUAUACGAAAGCGCGAACUGGAGGAGGCGCAAAAGAUUGCCACUCGCAUGGACAUGCUACUUGCCACACCUCCGUACUCCGAUUCGCCUGAGCUACUGGAACUCCGAGGCAUGGUAUCACUUUGGGUUGGUGACUUGCUCGUUUCGUCUCUGGUGACUUUGCCUGACUCUGCGGACGAGUUCGAUCCAGAUGCAAUGCAUAUGGAUGAUUCACCAGCCUCCAUCGAAGCAAGACACGAACGGAGGCUCGCUCUGGAGAAAAGGGCAAUGGAGAUCAACAAAUCAGAGGCUUUCCUCGAGAAAGCACAGAAACGUGGACGCGGUGUCGCGUACAACCUGGAACAUCUCCACCUUGAUGAGGAUUCGGCCUCUGAUUAG